UAUAACUGGACACUGACCACUACCCCAACCCCAUCAGCAACCCUUAUCCUGGUACAUAGUUCAGCUAAUCUUCUGUCUAAAUUGGUGUCUUUCUUUUUCAUUCAGAUGUAGAACACAAUGCAAGAGACUAAUCAGUCUUCUGUGACUGAAUUCAUCCUUCUGGGUUUCUCCUUCAGCCCCAAAACCACUCCUCUAUUUUUCUCAGCCUUCCUGACAACCUACCUGUUGAUCAUUCUGGGCAAUGGUUUAAUCAUCAUCCUCAUCGCCCUGGACUCGCACCUCCACACACCCAUGUACUUCUUCAUUGUCACCCUUUCCAUGUUAGAUCUGGGCUAUACCACCACAACUAUGCCCCAGAUGUUGGCACAUCUGGCAAGCCAGAGGAAGACCAUCUCUUUUGCCAGCUGUGUGGCCCAAAUGUACAUUUUCUUGGUGUUAGGCAUUACUGAGUCCUGGCUCUUUGCCAUCAUGUCUAUAGACAGGUAUGUGGCCAUCUGCCACCCACUCAGGUACAAGGUUGUCAUGAGUCCGUGGCUGUGUAGGGUAAUGGUCUUGUUCUGUGGACUCUGGGGUGUCGUCUCUGCUCUUGUCUACACUGUUUUUGCCAUGCAUCUGCCCUACUGUGGUCCCAACAAGAUCAACCACUUCUUCUGUGAAGUCCCUGCUGUCUUGAAGCUGGCUUGUGCAGACACCUCAGUCAAUGACCAGGUAGACUUCAUUCUUGGUUUUAGUGUCAUCCUGGUUCCACUUUCUCUCAUCCUCAUCAUUUACAUCAAUAUCUUCACUGCCAUCUUAAGGAUUCGUUCAGCCCAGGGGCGGCUGAAGGCCUUCUCCACCUGUGCCUCCCACAUCACUGUGGUCACCAUGUUCUGUGUGCCAGCCAUGGUCAUGUACAUGAAGCCUGGCUCAGAGGCCUCCCCAGAAGAGGACAAGAAGCUGGCCCUGUUCUACAACGUCCUCUCUGCCUUCCUCAACCCCAUCAUCUACAGCCUGAGGAACAAAGAUGUGAAGAGGGCUUUCCUCAAGGUGAUGGGCUGGGGCAGGACCCCAGAAUGAGGCUGUGAAAGAGGUUCUGGGGGGUCAGAGGAACAAGACUCAUGAUACACAGUCAAUGCCUUAAACACUCAUUCAUAUGACCCAGCAGCACCACUACACCAUCCCCAUGCCCAGCCCAGGGUCUC